UGAUACGGUUAUGGUAGCAGUUGGUAAAUAAGUUGAAGUGGGAGACCCUUGUCUGUCCGGGAAGAUCCCCUCAUCCCCUCCUCGUGCGUAUAUAUCAGCAGCAGCCGAGGAGGCUUGGGACCUCCCGCCCCCUCGAAGCAAUCGACUGGAAUUGGAAAGAAGCGAGGGACGGACGAGAGCAGCGGCGCCGUCGCCAUGGGUCUGCAGGAGGAAUUUGAGGAGCACGCCGAGAAGGCCAAGACCUUGCCCGACUCUACUACAAAUGAGAACAAGCUGAUCCUCUACGGGCUCUACAAGCAAGCAACCGUUGGUGAUGUCAACACAGGGCGUCCUGGCUUCUUCGACCCAAAAGGCAAAGCUAAAUGGGAUGCUUGGAAGGCUGUUGAAGGGAAGUCCAAGGAGGAAGCGAUGACUGAUUACAUCACCAAGGUGAAGCAGCUGCUGGAGGAGGCUGCUGCAUCCACUUCCUAGGCUACGAAAACACCACCAUCCGUAGUGCUGCGUACAUCAAUAAGUAAUAAACAUUGUUAUCUGUCAGAUGGCUCUCGGUCUCAAUUGUUGGUCGUGGUGGAUGUUCAGUGUCGUUUACGGCUGUAAAACUCUUGUGAAAACAAAUGGAUGCUGUCUCAUCUAAGCACUGUAUGGAUCUUCAUCUCUGUUAUAUCUGCAUCCGCAUUUUCAUGCC